GAAGAGAAUAUAAUCCCAAGAAAAGGAAAAACACACACGCUACUCCUUUUCUUUUUCCUUUUUCUUUUCAGAGGUGAGAAACAGAGGAUCCUUUGAGGAGGAAAGGGAUAGGGGAUGGCUUCGAAGCGGAUCUUGAAAGAGCUCAAGGAUCUUCAAAAAGAUCCUCCCACCUCUUGCAGUGCUGGGCCGGUUGCAGAAGACAUGUUUCACUGGCAAGCUACAAUUAUGGGGCCUCCUGAUAGCCCUUAUUCGGGUGGAGUAUUUCUAGUUACUAUUCAUUUUCCUCCGGAUUAUCCAUUUAAGCCACCCAAGGUUGCUUUCCGAACCAAGGUUUUUCACCCAAAUAUCAACAGCAACGGCAGUAUAUGUCUUGAUAUAUUGAAGGAACAGUGGAGCCCAGCUCUAACGAUUUCCAAGGUUUUACUGUCAAUUUGCUCGUUGUUGACGGACCCUAACCCUGACGACCCGCUUGUGCCUGAGAUUGCUCACAUGUACAAGACAGAUAGGAGCAAGUACGAGACGACUGCAAGAAGCUGGACCCAAAAGUAUGCAAUGGGCUAGUUUGCAAUGCGGUCAUGAUGCUUUUGCUAUUUCUAUGAAGGGGGAAAAUGGGACGAAUGAUUGAAAAAUGUGUGAAUUAUGAUUUCAUGUAUUGUAAUUGUAAGAUAGGGGGUUAAGAAGGAGAAUGUAAACAUGCCCAUUCCUUAGAGACACUUAUUUUUUUUCC